AUGAACGAAGCGCUGAAAACAAUAGUUAAAUUUUUGGAGUAGUCUGGUCUUCAAUAAUCAGCCCGUAAAUUGAAGGAAGAAAUAAGUAAAUAAGUAACAUCAAUAUUUAAGUAAUGAUGAAAAAUGAAAUUGACUGUGAAAAGUAAUAACAAUAAAUGCUAAUGAGUACAAAUAUUUGAAUUAUAGGAAAGACAUUAUUUGUUAAGCUUUAGAGUAAAAGAAAAAAGAAAAGAAGAAACCAAUGAUAGAUAGAUAAGCAGUGCGUAGGAAACCUAAAGUAUUCACAUAAGAAUAGACAGAAUAAAUUAUGGAAAAAUUCAUGAAUAGAUUAGUGUCAAAACCAAAUCUAUUAGAAGAUGAGACACUUAAUGAGAAGAUUGAACGUUAUUUUGAUAAUGCUACAUUCUAAAAGAUGGUGGAUUAAGCAGAUGUAUUUCAUGAUAUUUCAAAUACUUCUAUUUCAAAUUCAAUUCUUAAAAAAAAGAGGACAGAAACAAGUGAAGAAUAAUAAUAAUAAGCUCCUUGUUUUGGCAAAUGUAAUAUAUAUAGUUUUAAUAUUUAUUUUAGAGAUUCAAGAAAAAGAUUAAAUAGUAUUUGGAAAAAUCUAAUAACCUUUACAACAUUAAAAAUAAUAGGUUUUAGAAAAAUCUCCAUCUGUUGAUGAAUUGUUUACAGAAGAGGAUGUAUCAAGAUCUGCUGCUAAACAUUAACAAUUUGAAGGUAUAGAUACAGCUAAAAUGCCAUCUAUCAUAAGACCUGAAAGUGGAUGUAAUGAUUCUUCAUUCUUUCUUUAAAACUCUUAGUCAUUUGUACUUCAUGAUAUGGAAGAGAAUAAAAAUAUAAUAGAUGAAUAUAAUGAUGAUGAUGAUCCUGGAUUUGAUUUAUAUGAAGUUGGAGAAAGGGAUUUUAUAAAUGUGUCUAAAUAAUUGGCAGAUAAGUUUGGUUUUCCUUAAAGAGCCAUAGCUUAACCUAAGGACAAGAAGGAUGAAGUUAAUUGUGAAAAUGAAGAUGAUAGUGCUGUCUUAUUAAAGAGUUAAUAGAAAUCCUAAGAGGGUGAAGGUAGGAAAGGAUAUAUUUAUUUACCUCCAACAUUGAAACAUCCAGAUUCUACAGAUGAUUUUUAUCCAGUAGAAUUUGAUAGAGUUAUCUAUGAUUUAUUUAAUCUCAAAGUUAUUUUUGAUAGGGAAAGAACUGGAUUUGAAGAAACAAAAGAUUUUCCUAUUGUUAUUAAUUCAAUCAUAGCUGGUAGAUAUCAAAUAUUAGAAUAUUUGGGAUCAGCAGCAUUUUCAAAAGCAGUUAAAUGUUUGGAUUUGUAAUCUUAAAAAGAAGUAUGCAUGAAGAUUAUAGAAAAUAAUAAAGAUUAUAUGGAUUAGAGCAUAGAUGAAAUUAAAUUAUUGAGAUAUAUAAAUUGUAAUGGAGAUUGUGAUGCUAAGAAUGUACUUCGUUUAUAUGAUUUCUUUUAUCAUAAAGAACAUUUAUUUUUAGUUACUGAAUUACUCAAAGAUAAUCUGUAUGAAUUCUAUAAGUACUUCAGAGAAAAAGAAAAAGUCAAUUAUUUUACAGUUGGAAGAUUAUAAAAAGUAUAUCAAUCCUAUAUUAAUUUAGUUAACCAAACAAAUCUUAGUUGCCUUAGAUUAUAUACAUUCUCUAAAAUUAAUCCAUUGCGAUUUAAAACCUGAAAAUAUAUUAAUGAAAUCUAUUAGCAAAUGUGAAUGCAAAGUAAUUGAUUUUGGAUCUUCAUGUUUCAUUCAUGAUCAUUUAUCUAGUUAUGUUUAAUCAAGAAGUUAUAGAGCACCUGAAGUUAUAAUUGGAUGCAAAUAUGAUUAUAAAAUUGAUAUGUGGUCACUUGGUUGUAUUUUAGCUGAAUUAUGGACAGGAUAUGUUUUGUUUUAAAAUGAUACUGUAUAAGGCUUAUUAGCUAGAGUUAUUGGUAUUAUUGGUCCAUUCCCUGAAAAUAUGCUUAAAGAGGGUAGAUUAGUUAAUUAAUUCUUCACAAAGGAGAAAUUACUAUAUCAAGAUGCAAUGGAAGAUUAAUAAUAACAUUUUCCAAAUCCUGAUAUGUCAGAUGCCUCAGUAAAAAGAAAAAAGACUGGAUUAAUUUAAAUAUUGGUUCCUAAAAAAUCAAAUCUAAAAGCUAGACUUAAGACUGAUGAUAUGUUCUUUUUAGAUUUUGUAAAAUAGUUAUUACACAUUGAUCCAUCAAAAAGGUAUAAUAAUAAUAUUUAAUUAAUUAUUAGACCUUCAGCUAAAGAUGCCCUUUAUCAUCCCUGGUUUACAUAAGCAUAAUAUCCAGAUGGAUUAUGAU